UAACACAUAACGUUUGAAGGGUUUGUUAGACGUAAAUCGUGUGUUCUAUUUCUCAACUUCUUGUUAUCUGAAGUCUCUCAUUCUCCGAUCACACAAUUACCGUUUUGGUUCCCGCCGGUGGCACUACCGGUUCAUUCCGGUAGCCUACUACAUCUCUCCUUGCCUCAAUAACCGUGUCUCUAUACAUUCGUAUCAUCAAAAAUGGCGUACCGUAGACGUCAAGGACUCUCUAGGUCUUCAACGUUCAAGGAAGAGAUUCUCCGGCAGCCGGAAAACGAUGACGCCACCACUUCCACCGCCGCGCUGCCGCACCGAAUCUCCGAGCCUCGUCUCGACUCGUUUCACUCGUUUAAAAACCGAUCUAAGAGUUCUAGUUUUGAUAAUGUUUUGAUGAAGAAUAAGAAGGAGCGUGGUGGAUUUUGGGGCCUGUUAGCGCGGAAAGCGAAAUCGAUUCUCGAAGAUGAAGGUUCUAAGAAAUCAAAUACUCAUGCUAAUGCUAGUAAGAAGCCAGAAACAAUCAGCUUCUCAACAAACAGCCAGUUCACUGGUAUUCAAGUUCAGCAUCAAUGUGAGAAUUCAAAGAAAAUAGACACUCCGACGUUAAGGAUGGGAUUGGAUAGGCAUAGACUCAAGCCUUCGCUUAAUCAAAUUGGUGAUGCCAUUGGGAAUGCUUUGGAGGCAGAGAAGAAGACUCAAAAUACCAUCCAAGAAACUCAUAAUCUGCAAGACAGAAGAGCAUUUGAUAAUCAAGAAAAGAAUCAGGGUCCCAGACUGCAAUCUGCUCAAGCACAGAGGAACCAAGAAGCUCAACUCCAAGCUUCUCGUGACGUGGCGCUUGCAAAAGCUGCUAAGGUAAAACAACUCGCUCGGGAGCUGAAAACCGCGACUGCAGAAUUAGCAUCUGCGAAAGAACGAUGUUGUCAACUAGAACAAGAAAACAAAUUGCUUCAAGAGGCUCAAGAAAAAGGAGACCACCCCUCAGAAGAUGACAUGAUACGGCUUCAGCUAGAGACACUAUUGGCGGAGAAGGGGCGUUUGGCACACGAGAAUUCAGUAUAUGCACGUGAGAACAGGUACUUGAGAGAAAUAGUUGAAUUCCACCAAAUGAAAAUGCAAGAUAUGUUGUAUCUUGAUGAGGACAUCAUUGAAACCUCCUAUGAUCUAGUGGAGGAACUCGUUACCUCAGCCCGGUUUGACUUAGAAUCUUCCGAGUCGAUGGAAGGUGGGGGAUUCCCAUUGUAAGAGGAUUUAAACGGUUCAAGUGUAAACCUGAACCCUUUAGUAUUAUGAUAUAAUUUUUUAGACCUCAAUCUUUCAGAAUAUACAUGUAACUAUGUAAGAGUAAGACAAUCAGACCUUGUUGAACUAUGUAUGAUAUGAUUGCAAUAGAUUUCUUUUAGAA